UUUUAAUGAAACCAUUUAAAAACUGAGUGAUUGGAGAAGAUUUAAAAAACUGCAUGUAUAGCAUGAACAAUAAAACAUUUAUACAAUAAAUGUGUUACUUAUUCUACACGAUGGUAACUUUUUAUUUCAAUGAUCCCGAAUCACUUAUUUCAUACAUAAAUAUGUGUGAUUGGGGAAACAGAAAUACAUUACAUAUUCGUUGACAUAACCUAUGUACAAAACAUGGGUAAUACUUUCAUAAUUGAACUAUUACUAACUACAGUUUAACAUUUCUUAUUUUACAUAAAUAUUUAUCAUACAUAAUUGAUUUCAAUUCAAUUCUGAUCUUCGCCCAUUAUCUAACAAGAUCUUAUUAUCAUCGAAGGUUAGGCGUUCGAUUGAAUUAAUUUAAGAAUAAUACGCCAUCACACGCAGUCUCAUAGGCGGCGAUUUGUAUUUCUGUUCCGUUUCGAUCGUAACGCGGCGAAUCAACCGCCUAUCGUUUCCAGCGUUUUGCACACGUGAGGAUCAGCCUUCAGAUUUUAUCCGGAGAAAUUGUUUCAAAGUGCCGUCAUUUAUACAAAGUUUAAUUAUCAGCAUGAAUUGACGCUCGAUCAGGCCACUACACGUAGCACACGUGUUUUUGAAAACUGAAAUCUCUUCGUGUCCUUCACCGUUUCUAACCUAACUCGUAUCACUGGGUAACGCGUCGGGUGUUCCGAUGCAAUAAAAUAUAAAGUCGAUCGGAAAAGUCAUCGAAACUCGUCUCCAACCAGCGGUUAGAUAAGAUCCUUCUAUUAACAAUGUAUCAAAAACUGAAACUGGAGGUCCAGUACCUAACGGAGCAGCAUCUUACCGGCUUCGAAAAUUAUAAAUACAACUCUGUGGAUACGAGUCCUCUGAGCGUUUAUAUUAUGCACCCAUUUUGGAACAAAGUUGUUCAGUAUUGUCCAAAAUGGGUUGCUCCGAAUGUACUAACCUUUUCUGGAUUCCUUUUCACCGUCUUCAACUUCACAAUGUUCGCAAGUUACGAUUAUUAUUUUUAUGCAUCCAGUGACGAUAAGCCACAGUAUCUUCCUAUACCGCGAUGGGUCUUUGCUCUGGGUGCAUUUAACGUCUUUAUGGCAUAUACACUUGAUGGUAUAGAUGGAAAACAGGCGCGACGUACACAAACUUCUGGUCCUUUAGGAGAGUUGUUUGAUCAUGGGUUAGAUAGCUGGACGACUAUGCUUAUUACUGUUUGUAUGUUUUCUGUAUUCGGCAGGACAGAUCACAGCGUGUCCCCAUUGAGAAUGUAUUUCAUUCUGUGGAAUGUGUUUAUCAACUUCUAUUUGACCCACUGGGAAAAAUAUAACACCGGGGUAUUGUAUCUUCCCUGGGGAUAUGAUCUAUCUAUGGUGGGUACCACUAUAGUGUUUAUUAUAACGAGUAUAGGAGGGCAUAGAGCUUGGAAAUUCGUACUACCAGGUGGUAUAUCAGUUGGAGUGAUGUUUGAGUUGUUACUUUAUGUUACUGCAAUUGUAUCUAGUUUACCUGUUGUCCUCUGGAACAUAUACAAAUCGUACAGGGACAAGACUGGUAAAAUGCGAACAUUCCUAGAUGCUAUAAGACCUCUGAUACCUUUAGCAGUAUUUUUUGUAAUCUCAACAAUCUGGGUGAUUCAUUCGCCUAGUAAUAUUAUAGAGAAAGAUCCUCGAAUCGUUUUCUUAAUUAUAGGAACGAUUUUCUCAAAUAUAUGUUGCCGUUUGAUCGUUUCACAAAUGAGCAACACCGCGUGCGAGAUGCUGUCGUGGAUAUUGUUCCCUAUAGCAUUUGCAGCAGUUUUCUCGUUUAUCUUGCCAAGCACAGAUCUGGUAGUGACAUAUAUUGUUGCCAUUCUAGCUUUAUUAGCGCAUAUACAUUAUGGAACUUGUGUGGUGCGUCAGAUGUGUCGUCACUUCCGCAUUCAUACAUUCCGCAUUAAAGAUCGUGCCGAUUGACUACUUGCCGACGAUACAUGUUAAAAACGAAGAUUAAAUUAUAGCAAGCUACGAACUACUGAAUACAGAGCAGACAAACGUAAGGCAAACAAUAUAAUAAAAAUAUCAGAAACUAAGACGGUAUAAGAAAAACUAUUUCAAGUAUCAGCUAUAAAUGCAUCAAAUCUGAAUAAUGGGAUACUAAUCAAACGUGUUGUCAUCGCUGAUCGCAUAUCUCAAAAACGGUACCUGUUAAGUAAUUUUAUUUAUUUAUUUGCAGAGGUAAAAUCCUUUAAAUUUACUGCUGUGAUAUAGUUACAGAAUCAUCUGUUAGUUUCUUUCUUACAAUCCUUUGCAUAUAUCUAUGGAUAUCUUACAGAGAACUACCCAAGUGUUGCGCUCACUUAUUAAUGAAACUUUGCCACCUUGUAGAGCUAUACCCCGUUUUGUGGGCAGAUGGCUAAUUGUUUAAAAGAUAUUAACAAUUAAAGUUAGUCACUCCUUACAUUGAGAAGUAUGACAGACUCACACAUACAAACGGUUAGCUCUGUGGUAAAACGCUUGACUCGCAAUCUAAAGGUUCACGGUUCAAAUCCAUGGUUCCCAAGUUUUUUUUUUUAAUUAUAAUUUGUCUCUUUUUGAAUAACUAUUACAUCUGUGCUAUAAUCAUUGCAUUUAUUAA